CCCUUAGUUAGAUGUCGCUGUUGUCCGCGCUUACGCGGCCGGCCGGCCGGGCUGGAGAACACGUGACCAGCAAGGAGGCUGCGGCUCAAGGCCAUUUUCAAAUCUCAUUGGCUUGGUUGUCAUGUGGUCGGCAGAGGCAUCCACAAUUACACCGGGAAUGUUUUCCUAGAGAUGUCAGCCUACAAAGGACACAAUCUCUCUUCUUCAAAUUCCUCCCCAAAAUGUCCUUUCCCAACAGCUCUCCUGCUGCUAAUACGUUUUUAGUAGACUCCUUGAUCAGUGCCUGCAGGAGUGACAGUUUCUAUUCGAGCAGCGCCAGCAUGUACAUGCCACCACCUAGCGCAGACAUGGGGACCUAUGGAAUGCAAACCUGUGGACUGCUCCCGUCUCUGGCCAAAAGAGAAGUGAACCACCAAAAUAUGGGUAUGAACGUGCACCCUUAUAUACCUCAAGUAGACAGUUGGACAGACCCGAACAGAUCCUGUCGAAUAGAGCAACCUGUUACACAGCAGGUCCCUGCCUGCCCGUUCACCGCCAACAUUAAAGAAGAAUCCAGUUGCUGCAUGUAUUCUGAUAAGCGCAACAAACUCAUUUCUGCCGAGGUCCCUUCGUACCAGAGGCUGGUACCCGAGUCCUGCCCCGUUGAGAACCCAGAGGUUCCUGUCCCUGGAUAUUUUAGACUGAGUCAGACCUACGCCACCGGGAAAACCCAAGAGUACAAUAACAGCCCCGAAAGCGGCUCCGCUGUCAUGCUCCAGCUCAACCCUCGUGGCGCGGCCAAGCCGCAGCUCUCGGCUGCCCAGCUGCAGAUGGAGAAGAAGAUGAACGAAACGGCGAGCGGCCAGGAGCCCAGCAAAGUAUCCCAAGUGGAGAGCCCCGAGGCCAAGGGCGGCCUUCCAGAAGACAGGAGCUGCCUGGCCGAGGUCUCCGUGUCCAGCCCAGAAGUGCAGGAGAAGGAAAGCAAAGAGGAAAUCAAGUCUGAUACUCCAACCAGCAAUUGGCUCACUGCAAAGAGUGGCAGAAAGAAGAGGUGCCCCUACACUAAGCACCAAACGCUGGAAUUAGAGAAGGAGUUCUUGUUCAAUAUGUACCUCACCCGCGAGCGCCGCCUAGAGAUCAGUAAGAGCGUUAACCUCACCGACAGGCAGGUCAAGAUUUGGUUUCAAAACCGCCGAAUGAAACUCAAGAAGAUGAGCCGAGAGAAUCGAAUCCGAGAACUGACCGCCAACCUCACCUUUUCUUAGGUCUGAGGCCCACGUGAGGCCGGGAUCCGAGAGGGGGCACCGUGUUCCAGGCCUGAGCGCUGGAGGACUGGGAAGGCGGAAACAAAACCUUCAUUGCUCUUUGUUUUUUUGUUUUGUUUUGUUUUGUUUUGUUGUGUUCUGGUUUUCCUGCUAGAAUGUGACUUUGGGGUCAUUCUGUUCGUGCUGCAAGUGAGCUGUAAUCCCUAUGAGUACAUAUAUAUAUAUUAAAAAAACUUAGCACGCGUAAUUUAUUUUUUCAUCGUAAUGCAGGGUAACUGUUACUGCGCAUUUUCAUUUGGGUCUUAACUUAUUAGAACUGUAGAACGUCCAUCUGACCAUCCACUCAUCCAUCCAGCUAGCCAACCAGCAACGUGGCUCUCCCAUGCUUCUCCUCAACGUGAGAGUUCUCCUCUGUGCGGUUUAACCCAUGAACUCAUGACAUUUUGAAAACACCCAGUACUUCAAAAUUUAUAUAUAUAUAUAUUUCAGAAGACUGAGCAAACCCACAAGCUUUGGGGGGGGAGGGGGACUUUAAAAAGCACAUCACAAUGUAUCUUUUCACAAAUGAACUUAGCAGUUGUCCUUGGUGAAAUGGAGUAUUGCUAACCUAUGCCUUGUAGCCUUUCUCCUUGUGGUGCAUCUGUGGUUUGGUAGAAGAGUCCAAGAGCAGCCUGUGCUUUCUGUGCAUGUUCUGGUCGCAUGUAUAAUGCAAUAAACUCUGGAAAUGA